UCGUCCGUAUAAAUGAAACAUCAAAGCCAUAUUAUACGAUAUACCGGUCAACCCCGUCAAUCGGAUUUUCCCCCGCGGGAUUUUGUCAUGUAUAAGAUAAGUGUCUGGUAAAUUUCACCGACGUCGAUCCUCGCCUUGCUUUGAACUAAGCAUCUCCGUCUCACUUUAUAUAUAUUAUUUAUGUUAUAUAUAAUAAUAUAACGUAUGUAGGUACAUGUUUAAAGCCUUCGUUGGCUGAAUCGCUGUUCGCUGGUCUGGUCGAGGUGACUCUUUUGUUCGCUGUAAUGGUCCUCAAUGCAUUAUCUUACAACCAAUCUUCUAAACGUAAUAAAAAAUUAAAAAUAACGAACUCGUAUUUUUCAUUAUACAAACAUAUAAUAUAUUAUAAAGUAGGUAUCCGGUAUGUAACUAAAUUAUGUAUUAGUUUUCAUGUAUACAAACAUAUUAUUGAGGUCUGUGUACUUAAGAAUUAACUAAGAAUUAUCGUUUACGAAAAAAAAAAUCGUGUAACGUAGAAUCUAUACUGUUGAAAGUCCAUAAAAAGCAAUGUGAAUUCGAUGAACAUAUGAUAUACGUCCAUGAUUUGAUGUUUCAAAAUAACCUGACCUUUAGUAGUACCUUUGCGAUCUGCCAACUGCAGCAGUUACCCUCCGCAUCUUUCCUGUAAGCAACUAGGCGAUGAAACAGCUGUGGAACAUGGUGAUAACCGCUACUACCGUGGUAUUAGUCACUGCGGUCGUCCGUUGCGCGGCUGGUUACGACAUACUGGCGAUAUUCCCGUUUAGCGGUAAAAGUCAUUUUCACAUGUUUCGCACUGUUUCGGAAGCCCUGACGGCUCGCGGACACCACCUCACCGUUGUCGGACACUUCCCCAAGACCCCGAAGGAACCCACGAGACCGCAGCAGUUGCAAAAUGGUGACAUCGAUGACCUUGGCGACGAAGGUCAUGAAUCUGGGUCAUACACUGAUUACAGUCUGUUAGGCUCGAUGCCGGUGUUCGAGAACUUCACAACCGACGAGGUGACGGGCAACGGUUACCUGGAAGAGAUGCUGAUUAUCCUGCAGGAUGGUUUGGAUAAUUGUGAGGCAGUUUUGUCUUCGGGUCGACUCAGCCAGCUGCUUCAGUCCCGGGCCAAGUUUGAUCUCGUCUUGGUCGAGAUCUUCAACACUGGUUGCUUCGUGUCAAUGGCCAAUCAUUUCGGGGCACCAGUCGUCGGUAUAACUUCGACCAGUCUCUAUCCGUGGUUUGGAGGUAUGGUCGGCGAUGUGGUGAUGCCGUCGUAUGUGCCGGUAAACUUGUUACCGUUCACCAGUCGGAUGAUGUUUGCUGAACGCCUGAUUAACUCCAUAAUUCUGAUAGGGAUGAAAACGUAUUACAAGUUCAAAUACGAAAAGGCGGCUCAAGCAAUCGUGGAUAAAUACUUAGGAAAACUGAACGGUGGUACGGUCUCCGAAUCCCUGGACAACGUGAACGCCAUCAUAAUGAACACACACUUCGUGUUUGGAGACACCCGGCCGCUGCCACCAGGUAUCAUUGAAGUCGGAGGAUGCACGUACAAGAAACCAAUGCCCUUGCCGGAAGUAUUAGAACAGUACGUGACCGAGGCCCAACGAGGUGUCAUUUACUUUUCGAUGGGCUCCAUAGUGAAAGGCUCGUCCAUACCAGCCACCCAGUCACUGGCACUGCUCCGGGUGUUCGGCCGACUGGACGGCUACAGGGUACUGUGGAAAUGGGAGGACGACCUACCACCGCCGGAAGUCCGGCCCAAAAAUGUCAUGUUCGUUCCUUGGAUGCCUCAGUUUGAUGUGCUCAAUCACCCUAAUGUCAAAUUGUUUAUAUCGCACGGUGGUCUUAUGGGAAUACUUGACGCUCUUUACUCGGGCGUGCCCAUCGUCGGAAUACCCAUGUUCGCCGACCAGUUUUCAAACAUGAACUUUAUCGUCCAAAACGAUUGCGGUCUGCAAUUGCAACUCGAUCAGAUCGACGAACAGGUCGCCGGUGACACGAUAUCCGCCGUACUCGAUGACGAUAAAUAUGCGAGGAACGCGAAGAGGUUGUCGACACUCUAUCGGGACCGUGAUCGGAACCCGCUGGAAAAAGCUGUGUAUUGGGUCGAAUACGUUGCCAGGCAUCGAGCCCACCUGAUGCUUAAGCCGGCCAAUCAAGACUGGUGGUACGAACGGUGUUUGCUAGACGUGGCUGUCACGGUGAUCGUAGCUGUGGCCACUACGUCAUACUUUGCGAAACUGGUUCUAGCCAAAAGCCGAAUCGCUUUCGCUGCUACUGAUCACCACUAGGACCAUACUGUAUACACAAGAAACCAAUAAUGGUCACCGUGGCGAAUACCUUCGUGGUUUGCAUAAUAUCCCAAUGCAGAUAAGAAUGCAGUGCAUCGAAUUGCAUAUGUUUCUGUCGUGCAGCGCCAUAAACUGAAGCGGUAUCAUUUACAUUUCUGCAAUAAGGGAUGAAAAGGGGGACUAGAAUUUACAAAGUUACUAUAUGAUGCAGUCCUGCGUCACUAGAUUUAGCAUUUUCCAGCCAAUACUUCGAUCAAAAAGUAUUUUUUGUUAUUUAAUGUAUUAAUUAUAAAAUAGAACGUGUUGUGUAGGUACAUGUAUAUACAAUUAAUUGUAAUUUCCGAUUGUAUUUUUAUUGUAAUUCUCUUGUCAGAAAUAUGAAAAGCUCAAUUACAUUUUAUUACAACGGUACA